CCCAAUUUAACAGAAACGCGAAUAGCAGAGCCACAAUCCAAACAGGGCCUUUAAACGCAGAAGGCGAAAUCACGGUAGCCGCUACUCUUGGCAAAGGCAAAAGCAGCGCUGGCGUGGUUCUCUUACUUUGAAAUCUGAUUUGCAUAAAAAAGACAUAACAUGGCGCAAGAUUCUGAGAAGAAAUUUCAUUCCAUCAUGGACAAGUUCUCUCACCCUCGCAAACCCCCUUCCAGUUCAUCUGGAAUAUCAGGUGGUAGGAAACGUCCUUACCAGUCAGGAGCAAUGCAGUUGAAUUGGAGAGGGGAUGUUGCUGAAGGACACCAGUCCUCCGCCGUUGCCGAGGUGGAGAAGGAAUCCUGCCGACCGUGGGAUCGUGCUGAUUUUAUGAGGAGAUUAGCCACAUUCAAAUCUAUCUCAUGGUUUGCUAAACCAAAGAUGGUGAGUGCUGUAAAUUGUGCUAGAAGGGGUUGGAUCAAUGUGGAUAUUGACACCAUAGCUUGUGAAGCAUGUGGCGCACGUCUUCUUUUCUCUACACCAGCAUCUUGGAAUCAGCAACAGGUGGAGAAAGCAGCAUUGGUCUUUAGCUUAAAGUUGAAUAAUGGACAUAAAGUACAUUGCCCAUGGAUUGAUAAUGCCUGCAAUGAAACACUGGCACACUUUCCUCCUACAACUCCCUCGAUAUUAGUUGACAAUUUCAGAGAACGCUGUUUUGCUCUCUUGCAACUAUCAGCUAUUCCUCGAAUUUCAUCUUCAACAAUAGACUAUAUGAAAAGCCAAAGCUCACUUCUGGAAGACUUUCUUGGACAAUCUUUGAUGCUGGAGUAUGGAAAUGGAUCUGCUGAGAUUGGGAAUGUUAGUAGUCAAGAGGAAUUGAAAUUGUAUUUUCAGGCUCAAAAACUUGUAAGUUUAUGUGGUUGGAAACUUCGUCCUCUACCUUAUGUAGUUGAUUGCAAGGAUGUAUCAAAUGAAUCUCUUAAAAAUAGUUCUAAUCUCAUUGUCCAUUCUGCUAACACCGAUGAAAAUUUGAGAACAGAUGAAAAUUCCAAGGAUUCUACUGGGGGACAAAUGGAUCCCAGUUCUGCAGUAUUAGAUUGCACCCUAUGUGGAGCCACUAUUGGAUUGUGGGCAUUCCGUACAGUUUCUCUGCCUGUGGAAUCAAUAAGAUUAGUGGGAUAUGCUGAAAUGAAUAGUGAAAAAGCUUUUUUGGCCCACAAUUUAUUGAAUAAAAAUGAUCUUGAAAAUAGGCAGGGUGUAAAUAAUACCAUGUCUGAUGUUGCAAAUUCAUCAAAGGAUACUUCUUCAAGUCUAAAUAUGACAAUUGCAGGGGGUCCUCCUCCAACAAAGCAAAAUUUCAAAGCAAUAAUAUCGAUGCCUAUUGUUGGUCAGAAUUUAAGGGCUCGUCUUUCUUAUGAAUCUGAGUUCAGAGAUCUUGUUUCUGUUGAUAGAUGUGGUAUUCAAACAGAUUUACAGGAGAGAACUGAAAAUACCGCUAAUGCUUCUACUGGACAACUUGUUCCCGUGUCAUCUGAAAUCAGGGAAAUAUCAAAUUAUGAAAAUGGUUCUCAAGCAAGUAUUCACGAUUCAGAUUUUAUAGUGGGUACCAGUAAUGCAGGUCAAUCUUCUUCUCUCGAGGAUAAGAUGCCUGCAUACACAGAUGCUGAUAAAUUGAGUGGUUCAACUGCAGGAUAUCCUAGUAGUUCUCAGAAAGACUCUACAGAAGGUGAAGCACUUUCUGUUUCACACAAGACUUUGGAUGGCGAUGUUGGUAGUCUUGAAAAUUCUGUGGUCAAAGACAGAGAAGAGAAUCCCAUUAGCAGUGAAGAUGUACAUUCUAGUUUAGGGAAGUUUAAGAAUCCAACACUGUCUGAUAAAGCAACGGAAUUUGAUCCAAUCAGGCAGCAUAGACACUUCUGCCCCUGGAUUGCAUCGAUAGAUGAUGAGGAACCUGGGUGGAAACAAACAUUAUCUGCUCUGUAUCAGAAAAAUCAUUUGCGACACUCACCAAAUAAAUCUCCAUCAUCUGUGCCCACUGUUAAGGUGGAUGAUCCUAUCGUUUCAAUUAGAGCGCUUUUAAUGUCUCCACCAACAAAAAGAUUGAAGCACAAUCAUAUUACGGGCCAUAAUACAGAACUGCUUGGACCCAGAGAUAAGAUGGCUCCUAAUUCAAGAACACCUCCCCACUCCUCCAGCUAGAUGUUGUGUAUACUGUCUUUUUUUCGUGGCAUGUUAUUCUAUUUGAAAGCCUUGUAAUUGUUGUAUCAAAGGUUUAUUUGUUUGUUACUGAAGAUACAUGUGGUUCAAUCCUUCUCCUGACAAAAAAAAAAUUGUUGCACCUUGAUACCUGUGAUUGACCAUUACUUUGCAUUUUAGAACCGAGCUGUAAUAUUUUUUUCCUCAUUUGUAAUACAAAUGGCAGACGUUACAUAGGGUCGGAUGACAAUGGAGAUUGUUAUAAGAUGUGAUAUUUCCUCUUACACAUACACAUCAAAUCAACUAGAGAAGGAAGUAAAUACAAUUGUGUUA